AUGGGAGUUCAUGUUCUUGGCUGCAAGGUUCUAUCCGGCAAAAAUAUCGGUGAUGUUGUAUUCAUUCCUCGGAUGACGUUGGUCCCAUCGAACUCUACUUUGCCCAUUAAGUUCCAGAGGCGACAGUUUCCGUUGAUGUUGUACGUUGCAUUCUCGAGAGUGAAGAGUAGAUCUGGCAUAAAGAUCCUAAUCAAGUCUGAAUCCGGUGAAUCAUCGAGUUCUACUAACAACGUGGUGUACAAAGAAGUAUAUUUGCAAGUGAUUUUUUUCUCUAGCAUAUCCGGUAUAGUCGCUUUUGGUUAA